AUGUCGAACCGCCGAGAAGCCAAUCGCACAGACGAGUCAACUCAAUCCAUGACACCUUCUCUGAUUGAGAAUGCCGCGGUAGCAGAGGAGUACAUUUCCUUUCCAAAAGUCAUCGAAGUCUCGGAGAACGAUACUCCGACCGUAACUCUGCAGCGUUAUCUAUCUGUGAACUCAGUUCUCAGCACCAAGUCUUCUUUCGCUAUUCGUCAACAAGAAGCUACAGAGAAAGACUUUCCUCUCGAGAUCAUCGGCGAGGGUUUCUGCGCGAUCGUUUACGACUUCCCUAGAAGUGGUCGGGCAAUCAAGGCGGCUAGACCCCAGAAAGACACUGACCUAUGGAACGACUUCGUCGCUCACUGCAGAAUAUGGGAGGCAACCAAAAACAAUACUUCAUUCUGUGUUCCGAGACCGUCAUACUUUGUUCUUGGUCAAGACAUCUCUGCCUGGAUGAUCGAGCACCGGCGUGAGAUCAAGACUCAAACAGAAUUCAAGUCAAUCCCGAGCGCCAUUUUACUCUCGGAGCGGAUCAUGCCUCUUCCAAGGGUCAUCAGACAAGCUCUAGUGGAAGUCUUCUGUCCUCCAAACGAGAAAAAACAAGCUGCAUCAGACCCACAGAACAAGAGCUGUCUAGUGCGACUCUACCUCGGAAUCCGCCGGCCUAACCAGAGAACUGAAGGUUCAUUCACGCUCCGUAACUUCGAACUCACACUGGACAAGAUGGACGUUCUUGGCAUUGAACCUUAUCAAUUUGUUCGACCGAUGGCGGAAGCGCUAGCUAUCAUGCACUGGACUGCGCAACGCGAUGCUUACGACGUCGAAUUCGUUCUCGGAAGCUCGCCUGAGCGUCGCAUCAGCGCAGAUGAGCUUGACUCUAUUGAUCUGGAAGGACGCAUGAUUACAACUUGGAACAGAACCCAAGUUGGAUCUGCCAACCUGAACUUUCUCCGACGUACAGUAAGCGUUUGGCUAUUGGAUUUCAAUCAGUGCCAACGCAUGGCUCCGACUCCACUCGGAGUUGACAACGCCGUCAAAGCUUUCUGGGAGAACGAUCCCUACUUUCCCAGACCAAACCAAGACUCAUCUUCGACUGAGGCAAAGCUUUGGCAAGAAUUUAAGGGGGUUUAUCUGGAGAAGAGCUAUGAAUGUCUCGACGCUACUGCAACUCUUCCCAGCGAAUUUAUUCUCAAGGUGGAGCAAGAAGCGAAGAAGAGAAUGCCAUCCUCUUUGGUUCUUCUGGGACCCCCGAAGUCAAGCACGCCAAGUACACCAUCACCUAGUGCAUCCUCCUCGAAGAAUGAUAAGAAAAAGGCGAAGCACCAGAAGUACAUCAGCAUGUAA